CCCAAGCGAAGUGCAACCAGCCAAGUGCAUGUCGCUUAUGUGCUGUUGUGAAACACGGUGACGUGUUUUCCAGCCAAUGUGGGCGAAUGAUCCAGCUGGGUGGAGGGGGGGGGAUGGUGAGUCCAGCUUUAUAAUGAUAUGCUGAUAUAUCACAAUGAGGUCCCGACAUCCAAUGGUGGGAAAUGUAGCCUGCCAUCGGCGGGCAGAGUGGAUGAUCGCAAACUGGCUUGGCAACGUCGUGAAACCGAUUUUCGGCCUUCUUACCAUAUUGUCCGCUCAUGCCACUGCACACACCUGACGUCGGUGGGUACGGAAAACCCUGGCCUAUGUCUUCGUUAGCAUUAUGUUUGGAAAUCAUGAAAUCAUACAGAUCAGAUGAUGGCCAUUCAGCCCAUCACACCUGUCCCAGCUCUUUGAAAGAGCUAUUCAAUUAGUUCCACUCCCCUGUUCUUUUCCUGUAACCUGCUCAUGUUUCUAUUUAAGUACGUAUCCACUUCUCUUCUGAAAUUUAUUACUGACUGCUUCUGGCACUGUUUCAGGCUGUCCAUUCCAGAUCGUAACAACUUUGAGUAAAAAUCCUUCUCCUCAUCUCCCCCUGGAUUUUUUUUUUUUGUUGCUAAUUAUUUUAAAAUGCCAGUCACUAUACUUUGUUGGAGAGAUAGAAGAUCCACCCCAACUCAUGCUUUGUGAAUCUUAUUUUUCUCUGAGUAUAAGAUUGAGGGAGUGCUGCACAGUGGGAGGUUAGUUGUUAAACAAGGCCCACCUGCUCUUUCAGGUGGAGAGUUCUCCCGGUGUUCUGCCAAUAUUUAUACCUCAAGUAACACCUAAAAAAAAUCCAACUCAUUAUCACAUUGUUGUUUGCUGGAGCUUGCUGUGUGCAAAAUGGCUGCUGCAUUUCCUACAUUAUAACAGUGUUUACAUUUCAAAACUAUUUCAUUGGUUAUAAACUGCUUUGGCACAUUCUGAGGUCAUGAAUGGUACUAUUUAAUUACAACUCUUUUUUUUCCCUUUUUCUCUUUUUCCUGUUGGCAGUAUUUGUGAGGGUGCAUGAGAGUGACAUUGAGGGUGAAACCUGGAGCUGUGUCUUACUCCAGAGUCUGUUGCAUGGUAUUGUCAGCAUCAUUCUCUUCCUCACCAUCAUCCUUUGCUUCCUUGUUGCUGUGAUGGAUCUGCAGAUAGGAUGACACAAACUAAGAAUAUUUGAGGAGAACCCCUUGAGUUUGCAGGAAGUGAACUCAAUGAUAAAUAAAAGACUGAAGGAUGCCAUCUUCACUGACCAAUGGAGUGAGCUCUUUAUGGACACACUAAGCCCUUUUGGUUAUGUGCUGGUGACCUCUGAGAGGAUGCAGGGGCAGCUGCUCCUAGUGUUUGCCAAGUACUAUCUCCUUCCAAACCUGCAGGACAUCCAAACUGACUGCACCAGAACCGGGCUUGGUGGAUAUUGGGGGAACAAGGGAGGGGUCAGUGCCAGACUGUCUCUGUGUGGUCACAUGAUUUGUUUCCUCAACUGCCAUUUGCCGGCUCACAUGGAAAACUCUGAACAGAGAAUGGACAACUUUGAGAGCAUCCUCCAGCUGCAGCAGUUCAACGGGCCUGUUGCCAGUGGGGUCCUCGACCACGAUGUUGUGUUCUGGUUUGGUGACCUGAACUUUCGAAUCGAGCACUACGAUAUCCGUUUUGUGAAAAAUGCCAUUGAGAAGAACAAGUUGGGCAUUCUAUGGGAGAAAGACCAGUUGAAUAUUGCAAAGGCGAUUGAGCCAGCACUGAAUGGAUUUCAGGAAGGUCCUCUCAACUUCAGGCCAACGUACAAAUAUGAUGUGGGCACAAACACAUUUGACACCAGUUCUAAGAAACGCAAACCUGCCUGGACAGAUCGGAUUCUCUGGAGGGUGAAAAUGUCUGAUUGCUACGACCUUUCGGCGAACACCACAUUAUUGGUGAGGAGCAAAUCCCCAGAUGGCAAAAACAGCCACAUUCAGGUGUUACAGCAUGUUUAUCGUAGUCACAUGGAGUACCUCAUCAGCGACCACAAACCCGUCACUGCCAUCUUCUCCCUGAAGUUUUCCCAUAAAAUGCAGAUCCCUUUGAUUCAGCUCCAGGUGGAGGACGAAUGGAGCAAACCAUCGGACGCUGUGGUCAGAUACAGGAUGGCGAGCUCCUUCGCCAAGAGCUCGUGGGACUGGCUUGGUUUGUACAGGGUUGGCUUUAAACAUCACAAGGACUACGUAACAUAUGUCUGGGCAAAGCAUGAUGAAGCCGAUGCUAUGAAACAAUGCUAUCAGGUCAUGUUCAAUGAGGAAUCCAUGCCAAAGGGCAGUGGGGAGUACAUCCUAUGCUACUACAGCAACAAUUUCAACACCAUUGUGGGAGUGACUGAGCCUUUCCAGAUUAUUCUGCCCUCCACAAGUUCCAACUCCAGCAAAUCUGACAGCUCUGAUUCCAGCUCUGAUGGAGAGGAGAUGAGCACCCUGAAGCUGAUUCGGCCCAAAUCCCGCAGCCCCAGCCCAGGCAAAACAAAGAGGAGGAACAGCCGGAGUCGGAGUAAGAGCCCGGCUGUACCAAUAACGAGAUCCCUGCAGGGUCUCAACCUCACCGUAAGCUCCAAGCACAAAAGCAAGAGCCGCAGCCCCUCACCCAGGGGAGCUCAAGUCUCGACCUCCAGGCAACUCAAAGUGCCAGGAGGCAAAAUCACUGCAGGAGACGGCCAGAACUCAGCAAGCAGCCUGAGGGACACACCUUCACCUUCAGCCCCAGCUACUUUGAAAAACCCAGCAAGCCGGGGGAAGGAUCAGACCAUUCCUGAUGCGGGAGCCGCCAUCAUAGGGAGGCCAAGUAGCCAGGCUCAGGAACUCAUGGUACAGGCCCAUGGCAUACAGCAAAGUGACAGUGCUCAGCCUCCACACUCGUCUCCAAAACCCUUCCAAUCACCUCGUCAAGAUGGAGCAGUCACUUUGAAGUUCAGUGAAGCGAAUCAGCUCUCCACUGGCAAGACGCAUCAAAGUGUCCAAGUGCCGGUGUCCGAGUCAAUACCAUCAAUAUGGCAAUAGGAGGCCAAGGCAAUGCAAUAUCUUCAGAGAGAAACACUGGCAUGAAGAGUACCAUGGUCGCUGAAAAGGCAAAGUAACAAGAAAUUAAAGGUCUCUUGUUGCCGUGACUGGUCAACAAAGCACAGAGAGACUGGACAGACAUUAAUUGUUACUCAUAGUGGAAAGAUGUGUGGGACAAUCAGCCUGCAAGGGUUAUCCUGAUUUUUAAUGUGAUAUGAGCUACUCCAAGAGGCUUAAUAACUUUUACAGCCUCCGGAGUUGAUGUGUGAAUGCAAUCAUUGUGCAAUUAUUCAAUUAGUUACCUAAUUUACACUGUAAAUAAUACCAUUACCAUACCAUUGUGUGAUUGAAAUUCAGUGCACACACACCAGCGAACCUGCUCCUUGUCUGCAUUUCUAUCUUCUGUUGCCUUUCUCUUUCCCUCUUUCAGUGUCCUUUGUGCUCUAUCCUUUUCUAUCUGUGACCCUGUGUCUGUCCUUGUUUUACCUGCUGACUUCUUUUAUCCAUGACUCUUUUUAAUUGUCUGUCACUCUAUAUUUGCCUUGCUGCAUUUCAGUUCUGUAACAGGACGAUUGUGAAAACCUGUGCCGUCAUAGGGGAAGCUACACUCUCAAGCAACAAAGGUGGAAGACAUGAAUACAACAUUGUAUUCUUUACCUUAAAGCUCCAUUCAUUCCCCCGAGUGUGGCUUUUUGCUGGGAGCAUGGGAUUAAAGAAUCGCCUUAUAUCUGUCUUUCUCAAUGUUUAUCUGUUAUCUGUCACUGUCCACCUCUAUUGUCUGAACUUUACUGUAACAAAUAGGCACUUGGUAGUACAGAACUUGAAUAUUGCUGAAAAAAAGAGACAUUCUUGGUCAUAGCUUUUCAUCUUCAAUCAGUUGACUGGUGCAUAUUCCAUGGCAAUGCCUCCACCAAUCAGAGUCCACUUGCCAACCAAUCAGCACUCUCUUCUCAUAUCAUAUAAAUUGCUGUUCCCUGUACAGUUGGUAUUCUUGUGAAUUGUCCUGAAGAGUGCACAAACAAAAAAAUCUCUUUUUACUGUAACAGUGAGUGCCAAAUUAUUCAUGUGGGCAGCAGGAACUUAGGAAGUGUGGGACAAUGCAUCAUACUCUGCUGCAGAAAACAGAUCCCAGGUAUUUUAACUCCUGAACACGCUGCUAGUUCACCUCUCGCCAGAGCAGGAAGGACGUGAGGAGUGCAGCUUCUGGAAAAUUAGCUGGUUCUUGGCUGUCCACCAGCACCCAGAUAACUGUAGGGUGGGUUGCCCCAGCCUUUCUUUCCCAUUGAAGCUGCAGAUUGCUGGGCUGUAUUGAUGGGUGACCAGCUUUCUUCUCAAUCCUCCAAGGACUUGCUGCACUAUCCAUCUUGCAUUGAUAGGUUACUCUGCAACCAGUCGGUAGGGUGGCACAAGGGGUGGAGGCUGAAUCACCUGCUGAUUGACUCACUCACUCCCAGGAACAGGGAGGUGGGGUACCUGGCCUUUGUUUUAAUCUCCCCUCAUAGUUGAUAAUUCAUCCAGUACAGAUGUACAAGUACAGUAACUGUGAACGUGGGUGAACAUCAGGCUUUGCUCAAUGUGAAAAAAAACUAAAUCAUGCUGUUGAAUGUAUAUAAUUACAUAAGCUUCUUGAAUAAAUUAUUUUAAUUUAUUUUCCUUCUCCUUCCGCUCGGAUCAAUUUUAUCCUCUCCUGAAUAUACUGGAUUUAGCUGAUGCACAAUUCUAGAGGCAUUGGAUGUCUUCUAGUACCCAGCCAUGCUGGCCAUGGUUCAUCUAUAAAGUUAGUCAGUAUUGGUGAAAAUGAUAAUCAGAAAAUAAUAUGGUGAACUCUUCAGUAUAAACAUGGACUGUUCAGUGUAGAUGAGAACUCUUUAGUAAAGAUGGGACUCUUCAGUAUGGAUGAGGGCUCUUCAUUUAAGAUGUGGACUAUUCGUUAGAGACAAGGACACUUCCAAAGAGACAAGGACUCUUUAGUAUAAGGCCAAGACUCUUCAGUUUAGAUCAAGACUCUUCAGUAUAGCUGAGGAUUCUUCAUUUAAGAUGCAAACUCUUAGUAGCGAUGAGGACACUUCAGUAUAGACAAGGAUGCUUCAGAAGAGAGGACUGUUCAUUAUAGAUGAAAGCUCUUUAGUAUAAGUCAUGGAUUCUUCUGUGUUGGUAUUGUAGCAUAAUGGCUACGUUAGAGGCCUGACUGAUGAUCCAGGGACAAGAGUUCAAAUCCCACACAGCAGCUAAGAAAUUUAAAUGCUGUUAAAUAAAUGAAUCUGUUCUUUUUUAAACCUAUUAUCUGUAAUGCUGACCAUGAACCUUCUAGAUUAUUACAAAAACCCAUUUGGUUCACUACUGUCGUUUAGGAAAGGAAAUCUGCUGUCCUUAUCCAGUCUGGCCUACAUGUGACUCCAGACCUGCAGAAAUAUAGUUGAUUCUUAACUGCCCUCUGAAACGGCCUAGCAAGCAAUUCUGUUGUAUCAGAAGUGUUACAAUAUUCACCUGCAGCAUUUCAAGAAGGUGGCUCGUCACCACCUUCUCAAAGGCAAUUAAGAAUGGGCAAUAAAUGCCAGCCUUGCCAGUGACACCCACAUCCUGUGAAUGAAUACAUAAUAAAAUCUUCAGUAUGGAUGAAGAGUCUUCAUUUAAGAUGUUGACUCUUCAGUAGAGACAACGAUCCUUCGUAAGAGACAAAGACUUUUCAGUAUAGACAAGCACUCUUUAGUAUAUAAACCAGGACUCCAGUGUAGUCGUGGAGUUUUCAGUAUGAGCAAAGGUUCUUCAGUAUAGACAUGGACUCUUUAUAAUAAGACCUGGACUUACCCAUAUAAGAUGUGAACUCUUAGUAAAGACAUCGAUUCUUUAGUGUAGAUCAGAACUCUUCAGUAAAGAUGUGACCUAUUCUGUAUAGAUGAAAAUUCUCCAAUAUAAAUUAAGACUCUUCAGUAAACAUGUGGACUUCAGUAUAGAUAAAGGAUUUUCAGGAUAGGCUAGGCCUCUUCAGUAAGAACAUUUCAGGGUAGACCAGCACACUUCAGGAAAGAUAUUAAUUCUCCUGUGUCGACUAAGACUAAUCAAUAUAAGGACCUUUCACUGUAAACCAGGAAUCUUCAGUAAAAAUAUGAUUCCUCAAUAUAGACAAUAGUGCUUCAGUAUAGACCAGGAUUCUUCAGUAAAGAUGUGAACUGUUCAGCGUGGAUGAGGAUGUUUCAUUAUGAGGAUUCCUCAGUAUAAAGACUCUUUAGUGUACAUGUGGAUUCUUCAGUACAAGACAAGGAUUCUUCAGUAUACAUGUGAAUUCUUCAGUAAAGACAUGUCACAUUUCAGUAUAGACAUGGUCUGGGAAGAGCAGUGUCAGGUCACAAAACAUUAUGGCUUGCAAUGAGAAAGCAAGAAAAAUACUGAGAGAUCAGAUGUGAAAUAAAGAGCAAGGCUUUAAUACCCUAUUGUUCAGUGUUGUUGAACCUGCACAGUUAUUGCUGAGUGCAGUAUUUCAGCAGUAAUUUUACAAUUUACAAAACCUCUCUAACUUUGUGGAAAUUGUUAACAAGUUCUAUCUAGUAUGGCUUUUGAGACAACGCUUAGAGCCAACUUUUUGGCUUUUAGAGCCAAACUUUAUGACCAGAAACAUUUCAACAGAAUUUUAAAUUAGGAUAGAAUUUUCUUUCCCCAUAAUCAGGGGCACGAUGAUAUCACAGCUAAAAGCUUCUUCACUUUCUAAACAUGAAACCUUUGUAAUGCACUGAAAUAUUCUGCAGCCUAAAUAUGAGGAAAUCUCAACAUUUACUGUAUUCACUUCCGCCGCAGGAUUCUGACUGCGGUCAAGCACAGUUUGAGCUGGUGGCAUUGGCCGGCUGUAAUUGCUGUGUGUGUUGUGUGUGUUGUGUGUGUAAGAUUCCUGUCUUCCAUUGAUUAAGGUCAGCUAUAAAACAUGACAUGGUCUGUGGAUGGAAUAAAUUUCACUGUAUUUAAACAAUGAUGCACAAUAAAGUUUAUUGAGUGUAA